CGCUUACUUUAAAUGCUCAGUUGCCGAGCGGACCCUGAGUAAAGCGCAACGCCAGCCUUAGAUUCUCAGGCUGGAGACCAGUGACAUUCCCGUCCCACGAUCCGGUGCCUUUUCAAUUACUCCGCAUCCGUGAAAUCAGAGCAGUUACUGUGCAGUGGCGGCAACAAGUGAUGUGGCAUUGGGCUUUGUGGAGCGAAUAGUGAAUACAAAACGAAAAUAUUUCCAACAGGAAAAUAAACGAAACUUUAAGGGCCGCCAGCCUUCGUUACGCAUUCGCCCCGUUGUCCAGUUGAUUUUAUAGAUUUUCCGUGUGUGCCGCCCGCGUUUAUUUUCACUGGGAUUUCGACCAGCUUGCCAAUUGUGUUCUGUGUAUUUAAUAGUUUCACAUAUAUAGACAAAUAUAUCCGGAAGGGAAUUGAUUGUGGCCGUUGGCGUGAGACCGCAGCAAGAUGUCAUUCGAUAUAGCCGUGGCCGAUCAGAUGCGCAUCGCAUUGAACUAUGUCAAGUUCAAGACCAACCAGCAGCGUCUGCGCAGCAACGACAAGGUCAUCGCCGAUACUAUCUACGGAAAGGUGAAAGGGGUGAAGUGGCAGUCGAUCUACGGCAACAACUACUACAGCUUCGAGGGCAUCCCGUUCGCCAAGCCCCCUGUGGGCGAUCUCCGGUUCAAGGCCCCUGUGGAGCCCGACCCCUGGACAGAGGUCAAGCGGUGCACCCAGGUGCGAUCAAAGCCCUGCCAGGUGAACAUCGUGCUGAAACAGGUGCAAGGCAGCGAGGACUGCCUGUACCUCAAUGUCUACACCAGGGAGUUGCAUCCCCACCGACCUUUACCGGUUCUGGUUUGGAUUUAUGGCGGUGGCUUUCAAAUGGGCGAAGCCUCGCGUGAUCUCUACAGUCCGGAUUACAUAAUGAUGGAACAUGUGGUCCUGGUGGUUAUAUCAUAUCGCCUCGGAGCCCUGGGAUUUCUCAGUCUAGAAGACAAAGAACUGGAUGUUCCUGGAAAUGCAGGACUCAAGGAUCAGGUGAUGGCUUUGCGGUGGGUGAAGCGAAAUUGCCAGUUCUUUGGUGGCGAUCCGGAGAACAUAACCGUUUUUGGUGAGAGUGCCGGUGGGGCCUCCACCCAUUAUAUGAUGCUGACGGAUCAGACGAAAGGACUCUUCCACAAGACUGUUAUCAUGUCGGGAUCGGCUUUGGCCCCCUGGGCUCAGACCCCCACUCAUGUAAACUGGCCCUACCGAUUGGCCCAGGCCACGGGAUAUACGGGUGAACCGAACGAUAAGGAGAUAUUUGCUCAUCUCAAGAGAUGCAAGGCCAGCACUAUGCUGAAGGUGGCCGAGGAUAUUAUCACCAUGGAGGAGCGGCACCAGCGGCUGGCCAUGUUCAGCUUUGGCCCCACCAUUGAACCCUAUGAGACCCCGCAUUGUGUGGUCCCCAAGUCACCUCUGGAGAUGAUGCGCGACUGCUGGGGCAACAGCAUUCCCAUGGUAAUCGGUGGCAAUUCCUUCGAAGGCCUUCUCAUGUUCCCCGAGGUGAACAAGUGGCCGGAGUUGCUUUGCAAACUGGGUGACUGCAAUACCCUGGCGCCCAUGGAUGCCCAGGUAAAUGAAGAGCAGAGAAAGGCCUUCGGAAAGCAAGUAAAGGAGCUGUACUUUGGCGAUAGGACUCCUGGGAGGAAAACCAUAUUGGAGUACAGUGAUCUCUUCUCGUACAAAUAUUUUUGGCACGGCAUCCAGAGAACUUUGCUCUCUCGAGCUCAUCACGCUCCAACGGCCCCCACGUUCCUGUACCGAUUCGACUUCGAUUCGAAGCACUUCAACAUCAUGCGAAUUAUAACCUGUGGACGCAAGGUGCGAGGUACUUGUCACGGAGAUGAUCUGUCUUAUUUGUUCUACAAUGCGGCUGCCAAGAAGCUGAAACGCCGAACGGCUGAGUUCAAAACGAUAAAACGGCUGGUCUCCAUGAUCGUUCAGUUUGCCAUUUCCGGGGAUCCCAAUAUCCCGAUGGUCUCCCAGGAUGAGAAGGAACAACCUCAGGGGGCGUGGCUGCCCAUUUCGCGGGAGGAUAAAGCGUUUAAGUGCCUGAAUAUAUCGCACGAUGUGCAUGUGAUUGAUUUGCCAGAGGCGGAAAAGCUGCGACUUUGGGACAGCAUCUAUGAUAGAGAACUUCUGUACUGAGAGGGCCACCCACCUGCCUACGACCAACACUCCCCAUCGCAAUACCAUUUAUCCAUAGCAAUACAUACUUAGCCUUAGAUAUAGCCCCUAAGCUGGCCCUGAAGUGGCCUUA